AUGUCGCGCACUUUUAUCGAUGUUGUUUACAACGGGGAGUUGGCUUCGUUACAUGAUGACGACCUUAUCCGGUUACUCUAUACACAAUUUACACCGGAAAUCGACCACUUGAAAAAUGUCCCACGCGCAGUGGAAAAAGCCGAUCAGAACAAAAGUGGCCCAGAAGGAAAUAUAACAGAGAAGGCACUCAGUCCAUCACGACUAUUAUUUGGCGAGGACUUUGAUGAAGUGAAUCGAACUAUUACCAAUGUCCGUGCGGUGAAGUGGCUGCUUGCCAAUGAAUAUGAGGCCUUUUCAGCGAACCAAGCUGUGAAAUUAUCGGCGCAAACUUUCAAGGCCUUUAGAGAUAGAGCAUUGCUUUCAUUAAACGAUCCGGAUAAUCUGGUUGCUUUGGUUGUGGCUCUUGUUGUGGGUGAUAUGGGCAAGGACCCGCACUUAGCCGAUGAGAUCGCCGCGUUGAGUGGGGUGAAAAGCAACGAGAACCACGAUACUCUUCUUGCUCAGGCUGUCGGAUGCGGUAUGUUGGAUAAACCGUUGAGUUUACUUUCCAAUACACGCCGCGAAGAUGUGAUUUUGGGAAUCAGAGUUGGGGCUGUUUUGAAUAUCCCGCAAUUGAUGCAGGGGGAAAAUGUCCCUGGAAGUUUAAAACCAGUCCUUCAAUUCCGGGACCAUCUUUCAGCCUUUACGCUCAAAUAUCUCGAGAUUAUUUUCGAUGUUGCCGGUGCUGCCGGUCAUAUUGAUAGCCGCAGUGCGAAGCGCAUGAUCGAGCCGGUUUGCGAAUCAUUCCUCCAGGCCUGGCCAAUCCUAGAAGCUAUAGUUACCAGCCAAACGAGUCACGCCGAAACCUCACUGAAAGAAGCAUACGAUCAGGUCCUACAGAACCGUGGAAGACUGGUGAAUCAAAUGGGCUUUCUGUCAGUCUUGUCAACCAGCAACCCUGCCGAGCGGGCUCUUCUUCGCCUUUUCGCGAUGGGACGUGUGGCCGAUCAAGAAACAGCAGACCAAGUUCAAAAGGCUUUUACCACAUUACCCGAGAUAGAAUGCCUUGUGCAAGGACUUAAUGUUAAUGGUAUUGAUGACGGCGAAGCCAUACUAUUAUACUACAUGCCCGCCCUAUUCGCAGGAACACUUCAAGCUGUGCCUGAGCCUGAAGAGCGGACAGAAGCAUUGACAAGCUUGAUGAGAUUUAUGGUUCGCUUAUUUGAUGGUUCAAAACCCCAGCCUGGUACUGCGGGCUCUAUUAAGGAGUGUGAUGUUUCAGCUGCGGUGGAUUUUGUACGUUCUUCGGAUUUUCGUCCACGAUUUUUUGAUGGCUAUACUUUGCCUGUAGGUUCAUAG